AUGACCGCGACGAUCGCAUUCUGCUCGUCAAUCCAUACUGCUGCUAUUGCGAAUGUGGCAGCAGAAUUUGGCUGCUCACGCACCAUUUCCACUCUAGGAGUCAGCACAUUUCUGAUAGGAUUUGGCUCAGGACCAUUGCUGUUUGCACCUUUGUCAGAAAUAUAUGGCCGCAAUCCUGUUUACCGGGUUACUCUUUUCAUAUUCGUCCUCUUUAACCUUGGCUGCGCAUUAGCGUCAAACAUAUCGGCACUCCUUGUCUUUCGAUUUCUCUGUGGCUUCUUUGGAUCGCCAACAGUGACCAACUCUGGUGGUUCACUGACAGAUCUAUGGCCCCCGUCUCAUCGCUCUGUGCCCUUGGCCUUAUUCACAGCUGCAAGCUUCUUGGGCCCGGUCCUAGCACCCAUCAUCGGCGGCUUUAUUUCGCAGUAUACUACAUGGAGAUGGAGCUACUGGCUAGUCCUUAUCAUCAGCGGAGCAGUUUACGUGUCUAUGUUUGUACUGCUACCAGAAACGUUCCAGCCGGUGCUCAUAGAGAAGAAGGCCAAACAGCUUGGCCUACCUCUUCCACAACAUAAUUUCAAGUCUACCCUUCGCAACAACCUGACACGCCCUAGCAGUAUGUUUCUUACAGAGCCGAUCUUAUUCCUCCUAUCACUCUACAUGGCGUUUGUGUAUGGAAUCCUCUAUCUAGACUUCACGGCUUAUCCCUACGUUUUCCAGCAAACGAGACAGUGGGAGGCAGGAAUCUCUGGUCUAACUUUUCUGGGGAUCGGAACAGGCAUGGCAAUUGCGACAGGGUCCUCACCGUACAUCAAUCGUGUUUACAAUGUCUACGUGAAGAAGCUCGGGGGUCCGUCUCCAGAGGCACGCCUUCCCCAUUUGAUCUAUCUGUCCUGGCUUAUUCCAAUAGGUCUUUUCUGGUUCGCCUGGACCUCGACACCGUCCAUUCAUUGGGCAAGCUGCGUGCUGGCGGGCAUACCGUUCGGUAUCGGGUUUGUCACGCUGUUUCUGGGCAUUACCUCCUACUUGAUCGACUGCUAUGGCAAAUACGCAGCUAGCGCACUGGCAGCAAACGCGAUCCUACGCUCAGCCUUCGGGGCCGUAUUUCCGCUAUUCUCCAGGCAGAUGUACGACAAAUUAGGGCCAGCCUGGGCCACGUCAGUCUUGGGAUUCGUGGCGGUCGGCAUGGCACCACUGCCUUGGCUCUUCUACAAGUACGGGCCUUGGAUACGAGCCCGUUCGGGAUUCCACCAGAAAAUGAUACAUGAAGAAGCGGCUGGAACGCAACAUGGGAAAUGA